AUGAAGCGUGUCUGGCCACGUCUGCCCCUCCUUUUAGCCGCGCUGGCUCCGAGCCUAACGCCGACGUCCGCCGACUCCUCCCCGACCACGGUUCCGGUCUAUGUGCCCGGAUACCAGAGUGAGAACUGGGAUGAUCUGGCAGGGAGUGUAAUCACGAGUGACAGCACGGCCACCACAUAUACCAUCUUCUGCCCGGACACGGAUGACUGCCAGAUAGCAGGGCGCAUGCAGUUCACCUUUGCAGAGGGGCCCAGCACUUUCAAGUACUCAGGAGAGGUAGAAGAUAUGCUGACGGCUGUGAUCUCAUGUCAGCUAGUCUCGACGACGGCAGCCACGUGCACGGAGUAUUCUUCCUUCGGCGCAGGAUGGAAGAAGGGCAACACGACGGGGCCCACGGAGGUGUCUCGCACGGAGACGUACCUUGGCAGUGAGGUCCAGUGGGGUGUCUUGACCUUGACUACGCCUGCGCCGACCGGAACGGCUGAUCAGGCCAUCGGUGGCAGCGGGAUGUCGAUCAACCCCAGUGAUACGGCGUGGUUCUUCCCUAAGGCAACGAGGACAUCGAGGGCAGCCCGCAGCGUGGAGCCACCCAGCAGGCCGGUGGCACUGGCGGGGGCCGUGGUGGUGGGCACGACGGUGAUUGCGAUGGGAGUGCUCGGCGUAUGA